AAGAUGAUCCUGUUAUGGGUUACACUGCUUGUUCUUCAUCGAGGAUAUGCGCUGGUUCCUGUGACCACAGUUCAACUUGGUGAACCUGUGACUUUAACGUGUGAUUGGCCUAAUGAUGAGUUUAGAGAUAAACUCCACUGGUACAAGCAGAGUGCAGGGGAGACUCUGAAAUUAAUUGUGAGACUGCAGAAACAUGGAAACCCUGUGUAUGGACCAGAGUUUUCUGCCUCAAGACUGGAUGUAAACAUUUCUAACAAAAUCAGCAGGCUGACCAUUUUGAGGAUGAUUCAAAAAGAUGAGGGAAUGUAUCACUGCGCAGUCAUGGAGUGGACUGAGAUUACCUGGAGUGGCACCUAUUUGUCAUUAAAAGGAAACACUCAGAGGACAUCAAACUAUGCUGUUGUUCAGUGGCCGACAGAAUCUGAUCCAGUCCGUCCAGGAGCCUCGAUGUCUCUCCAGUGUUCAGUCCUCUCUGACUCUGAGAAUAAAAUGUGUCCAGGAGAUCACAGUGUGUUCUGGUUCAGAGCCGGAUCAGAUAAAUCUCAUCCAGACAUCACCUACACUGAUGGAAAUAGACGUGAUGAAUGUGACAGGAACUCUGACACUCAGAAGAGUUGUGUUUAUCGCUUCUCUAAGAACGUCAGCUCCUCUGAUGCUGGGACUUACUACUGUGCUGUGGCCACAUGUGGACAGAUAUUAUUUGGAGAUGGAACUAAAGUGGAAAUUGAAGGAACCAGUACGUGCUCACAGAAUGCAGAUGCACUUAUUUUUCUGCUGUGUGCUGUCUUGGCUAUAAGUCUGACUGUCAUUGCUGUCCUCAUUUACACCAUCAAGAAAAACACGUCUGAUUGUGACGACGAUGCUGUUGCCAUGCAGAGAAACCUUCGUGGUCAGAAAAGUCAACAGAGAGAUGAGGACACACAGGUUUAUUCUGCUGUCGUCUUCACCGUGAUGAAAACUGGCAGUGGUGCAAUAAAGGAUUCAAGAGCAGCAGAGAGACAGAGGAUCUACGCUGCUGUCAAGGCUUUUGGGUUGGAUUAGUGAGGUCACAGGUCUGUUUGCCAUCAGCUGGUACUGUGUGAUCUGAUUAAUGUCAGUCUGUUAUGAGCUGAAGGAUUUUUUAUAUGUGGCUAUUAGGUAAUGAUGUGCAUGCAGGUGUCUGCAAGGGCCCGCUUUAGUCCACUUUGAUAAGGUAAAUGUCACCAUUCAACCAUGUCCGUGAGGGUCUGCCAGAUGCCUAUGUGGGUGUCCGUGUGUAGCCCAUUUUUUGAGACCCCACCUUCAGAAAAAGCUGCGCAUCCGGCAGCACAUCAUUUAAAAAAAAUAAAUAAAAAAUGCUGGGAGUGAAUGUGGCCAUGUGGACACUGGCCCUAAAGAAAGAAACUACUGUAGGUGUCAGUUAACAUGGACAUUACUCAAAUAAGUUUUUUUCUCAAAGUGGGAGUAACUGUAAAUAUGGAAUUUUCCAAUGGAUCAGUGUUGGCACAGAUAUAUUAGGUGGAUCAGAUCUGUUUUUGUUUAGUUUUGUUGUUGUGCUUGUGUAACUACUCUUGAACCUGAUUUGUAACUCUGUUAAACUAUGUCAAUAAAUAAAACACACUGCUU